GAACAAAGGCGUAACAGGUUAGCCCGGGAAUUGCCUUCUGCUGUGUCACGAGACAAGGCUGCUCCUGGAGCAGGAGAUACAUCUCAGGAACCUGGAACAGGCAACUGGAGAGGAAUGCUGAAACCCUCAAAAGCGGAAGAGGUAUCAGCAGAGGAAAAAUCCAAGCCAGCUGCAGCCCUACCUGCUAGUCCUCAAAAAGGCCAUGCUGUAAACCUGUUAGAUGUGCCUGUACCUGUUGCACGCAAACUUUCUGCCCGUGAGCAACGAGAUUGUGAAGUGAUUGAACGACUUAUUAAAUCUUACUUCCUUAUUGUCAGGAAGAACAUUCAGGACAGUGUGCCAAAGGCAGUGAUGCAUUUUCUGGUGAACCACGUGAAAGACACUCUUCAGAGUGAGCUGGUAGGCCAGCUGUAUAAAUCCUUGUUGUUGGAUGACCUUCUGACAGAAUCUGAGGACAUGGCACAGCGCAGAAAAGAGGCAGCUGACAUGCUAAAGGCCUUGCAGCGAGCCAGUCAGAUCAUUGCAGAGAUUCGCGAGACGCAUCUUUGGUGAAGACUGUACCAGCCACACUAUUUAUAUGCAUUGGAGGUUAAAUUGACUUGAAAAUUGCUAGGCAUGGUAUACGGAGUAGAAUUUUUAUUUAUGAACUCUUAUCUGUGUACUGCAACUGUGUAAAUCUGCUCAUGUAAAGACAGUUGGUUUGAUUUGCAAACAGAAAAAUAUGCUGUAUUUUGCAAAAUAAGUCAUAUUUAAUCCACAUAAUAAAUGGCUCUAAAUGUUUCCUUACCAGCUUUCUGGUGCAAAUUAAAGCAGACCAAGUCUACUGUCUCAGUGACAGUCUCAUUUGAACUUGGGGAAAAAACAUUAAAGUUCCAGUGCCUGACUUGCUAAACAGGUUGCCUGUGGUUAAGAUGGACGGUGUAGUCUUGUGGCAUAGUUUUAAGCUGCUUUUACAAUAGAAGUUUAAAUACUGUGAAGAGAAGAGAGCACCGAGUAUUUUCUUUCAUGAAUAUAUUGCAUGCACUGUGACAGAUGGAGGUAUCAAUUUUAUAGCACAGUAGAGAUGUCUACCGUAAUACUAUGUAUGUGUGUCCCCAUUUUUUUCCCCAGAUGUUAAAACCGUGGACAAAACUUUGAACUUCAUUUGAUGGAGUAUCAUGUAGGAAGAAUUAGCCUGGAGCUUGCGAACAAUAGCAGCCUACUAAAAAGUGGGCGCAAAGUUAUUCAUGUGCACUGGAGCUUGUGUAUAAAUGUUGGGGCUUAUAAUCAGGUACAGGAACAUCUUCCCCUUCCUCCCCCCACCCGGGACCAAGCCCCUGGACCAUCUGAUAGUAAAUUUGUUCUGGCAGAAUUGAAAAA